CACAGGGGGAUCUAGCUACUCGUACAGAGCGCGAUUGGCUUGGACAUGCUUACAAUAAUAAAACUUAACACCGAGCAUGCCAUUUUGUUAUCAACUUGUAUAACGCGAAAUAUGUUUUGAAGCUGAUUGAAGUACAUAUAUUUUACAUUUUGGAGCAUCAUACCGGGUUUUGACAUUUGGAGGCCUUUCGCUCUUCGGCAGACCCACUCGGACCCAGAUAAUGGGCACAACCUGGGCAGGAGCGGCCGACCGAUGAUGCCACUCUGCUGCACUGUGACCAGCCAUGUUCUCGUCCAAGGCUUUUCCCAGAAGGGGCUCCCCUCCCCCGACACUGUGCUUACAUAGGUCAGGAAUACAACUACAUCAUACAAAAGGAACGAUGGUAUGGACUUGUCUGAACUAUGGCACACCUGCAGGAUAAAGGUGAGGUCCCCCGACAUCUGAUACCAAAAGGAAAACCAAGAUCAAGUAGAUCCAUAUUUUAUAAGGACAAAACAAGUCAAUGAACAACUGAUGGUUUAGCGUCCACACUUUCACUAUGUUGACGAGGUUGCACCAUGGCUGCUGAUUCCUGUAGACUAGUAGACUCUCCGGUGCAGCACUGAGCCCAGUGACCCUAACCCAUGAUGCAGCGUAACGGUGGCGGGGUGGGGGCUGGUGGACAGCCGUGGGUGCUGCGGCGCGUGCGCCUCACCUGGCUCAGCUUCAUGCUCUUCUUCAUCCUGGUCUUCUUCCCGCUCAUCGCCCACUACUACCUCACCACCAUCGACGAUGCGGGCGGCCCCGACAAGCGCAUCUUCGGCCCUCGGCCCGGCGGUGAGCUGUGCGAAGCCAAGCACGUCCAGGACCUGUGCCGCAUCCGCGAGUCGGUCAGCGAGGAGCUGCUACAGCUGGAGGCCAAGCGGCAGGAGCUGAACGGGGAGAUCGUCCGGCUCAACCUGCGUAUCGAAGCGUGCAAGCGUAGCAUCGACAGUGCCAAGCAGGACCUGCUGCAGUUGAAGAACGUCAUCAGCCAGACGGAGCACUCAUACAAGGAGCUGAUGGCUCAGAACCAGCCCAAGCUCUCGCUUCCCGUGAGGUUAUUACCUGACAAGGACGACCCAGGACUACCCCCGCCCAAGUCUGCCCACGUCUGCCGCCUGCGCUCCUGCUUCGACUACGCCCGCUGCCCGUUGACCUCGGGCUUCCCUGUGUACGUCUACGACACGGCCUCCUACCCCUGGGGUGAGUCCCUGGACCCGCUGGUCAGGCAGGCCUUCGCCACCUCGGUGAAGAGCAGCAUCUACGUGACGGACAACCCCAGCAUCGCCUGUCUGUAUGUGGUGCUGGUGGGGGAGCUGCAGGAGUCUCCUUCCUCCCCCCUCCCGGCCCCCUCAGCGCUGGAGAAGCAGCUGAAGGCUCUGCCGUACUGGAGGUCUGACGGACACAACCAUCUCCUGGUCCACCUUUCCAGGAAGUCCAUGACGCAGAACUUCCUGUACAAUGUGAGCACGGGCCGGGCGGCAGUGGCCCAGUCCACCUUUCUUGAGCAGCAGUACCGCGAGGGCUUCGACCUGGUGGUGUCCCCACUGGUCCACGCCCUCUCUGAGCCCAACUUCCUGGAGGUGCCGCCCCAGGUGCCUGUCAAGAGGAAGUACCUGUUUACCUUCCAGGGCGAGAGGGUGGAGUCUCUGAGGAGCAGCCUGCAGGAGGGGCCGCCCCAGUCCUUUGAGGAGGAGAUGGAGGGAGACCCGCCAGCCGACUACGACGAUCGCAUCAUCGGAACGCUUAAGGCAGUGCAGGACAGCCACCUGGACCAGGUGCUGGUGGAGUUCACCUGUAAGAGCCCGCAGCCGAGCCUGCCCACAGAGUGGGCCCUGUGUGGGGAGAGGGAGGAGCGGCUAGAGGUCCUUAAGGCCUCCACCUUUGCCUUGGUCAUCUCCCCCGGGGACGGUCAACUGAUAGCCUCAGCGGGCAACGGCAUGAGGCUGUUUGAGGCCCUGGAGGUGGGGGCCAUCCCUGUGGUACUGGGGGACCAUGUCAGGCUGCCCUACCAUCAGCUGGUCCACUGGAGCGAGGCGGCCAUUAUGGUACCCAAGCCCCGCAUCACCGAGCUGCACUUCCUGCUACGCAGCCUAUCAGACAAUGACCUGCUGGCCAUGCGGCGGCAGGGCCGCUUCCUGUGGGAAACCUACUUCUCUACCUCAGAGAACGUCCUGGGCACAAUUCUGGCUAGCGUCCGGACCCGCAUCCAGGUGCCCCCCGCGCCCAUCCACGAGGAGCCCGCCCAGGAGAUCCCCCACAAGGCGGGCAAGAUGGCGGGCACGGACGCUAACCUGGCCGACAAUGGCGACCUGGACCUGGGUCCCGUGGAGACGGAGCCACCCUACGCCUCACCACGCUUCCUUCGCAACUUCACCUACACAGCAUCUGACACCUACCAGAACUGGAACCGCGCCCCGGGGCCUUUCCACCUCUUCCCUCACACGCCUCUGGACCCGGUGCUGCCCUCGGAGGCCAAGUUCCUGGGUUCGGGCACGGGCUUCCGCCCCAUUGGCAGUGGCACGGGGGGCUCGGGGAAGGAGUUUCAGGCAGCGCUGGGUGGGAACGUGCCCCGGGAGCAGUUCACCGUGGUCAUGCUGACCUACGAGAGGGAGGAGGUUCUGAUGAACUCCCUGGAGAGGCUCAACGGGCUGCCUUACCUCAACAAAGUGGUGGUGGUGUGGAACUCCCCCAAGCCUCCUUCAGGCGACCUGCUGUGGCCAGACAUCGGCCUGCCCAUCGUGGUGGUGCGCACGGAGAAGAACAGCCUCAACAACCGCUUCCUGCCCUGGGACGUCGUGGAGACGGAAGCCAUCUUGUCCAUCGACGACGACGCCCACCUCCGCCACGACGAGAUCAUGUUUGGGUUCAGAGUGUGGAGGGAGGCCAGGGACCGCAUCGUGGGCUUCCCCGGGAGGUUCCAUGCCUGGGACGUCAACCACCAGUCCUGGCUCUACAACUCUAACUACUCCUGUGAACUGUCCAUGGUGCUGACGGGCGCCGCCUUCUUUCACAAGUACUAUGCGUACCUGUACUCGUACGUGAUGCCCCAGGCCAUCCGCGACAUGGUGGAUGAGUACAUCAACUGUGAGGACAUCGCCAUGAACUUCCUGGUGUCGCAUAUCACCCGCAAGCCCCCUAUCAAGGUGACGUCUCGUUGGACCUUCCGCUGCCCCGGCUGCCCUCAGGCCCUGUCGCAUGACGACUCUCACUUCCACGAGCGCCACAAGUGCAUCAACUUUUUUGUCAAGGUGUACGGCUACAUGCCCUUACUCUACACGCAGUUCCGCGUGGACUCUGUGCUCUUCAAAACGCGCCUACCCCACGACAAGACUAAGUGCUUCAAGUUCAUCUAGCCCAGGGCUAGGCCCAGCUAAGAACGUUGGGCAGAACGGAGCUAGAGAGUGAGGAACUCAGGCAGGACGGAAGAGAGAGCAGAGAGGACUGGUUGUGAGAAAGAGGGAGGUUUUGGGAUGAGGGCUUAAACCCAGGAAUGGAUCUUGGAUGAAUGACACAGACCACACCUUCACUGGAACCUCUGAUAGGCUGGAAGCUGAGAAGAACCUCUGCCAAUCAAGAAGCCUUUUCAUUUUUUAACGUAAUUGUAUUCUUCAUCAUGUCGUUCAUGUGUGUUACAUCAUCAACUACUACACAGAUUUCAUUUAGCUUGUUAUGGGCCUGCAGAGAGAAAGAGGAGAGGACGCUGGCAACACUGCCUGUCCAAGGACAGUGACUUAACUUGACUCUGCGAGACAAACUCAAACUGCCAUUGUAAACAGACUGGUUUUAAACUGACACAGGGUGAGAAUGAGACAGUGGACUGUCACGUGGGCCAGCCCUGAGCUCCUGAAUUGCUAGCUAGACAUUUCACCGUUUGAGAGAUAAACAAAGGCAUACCCCAUUUGUCAUUGCACAAAUUGUUUUGUUUUUUGUCAUUUAUUUUAUUUUUGGUACUCAUUUUACAUGUAUUUACUCUACUCUUGUAUAUGAAACCGUGAGAGAAGCACUGAUGGUUGUAGAAGUAUUCUAUUCAAUGAUCUUGUUAUUUUUUUUACGUGGUGUUUAAUAGUGUAAAUCUCCAUGUGGGAUGGUCAGUCGUCACCAGAACCUCUUGUUAUUAGCUGACCCAUAGAAUCACUAGAUCGGGUAAAGGCCCUCAGACCAUGUCAAUUUCACAGUAGAUUAUAUUUCUAUGGGCAGACCUAAACUAAGCUAGAAAGUGGUCUUUGUCAUUCUGUCUUUAAAUGACCUCAGAUGGAGACUACAGGACCAUUAUGCCACAAGUUCUACAAGUUUACCAGAGAAAUCUGUAAAAUAUUCAUAGGAAACUGUAUUAUCCCAUUACCUAACACAUUCAUUAAGCCUACAGCAGACUACAAUGGUGUAAAGUCAGACCUUGGCUUUUUUCAGACUUUUUGGAUGUUAGUGAUAUUGAUCUACCCAAUGGUUAUUGUUAAAUGUCUGAGUAGUCCUAAUUAAGUGUUCAGUAAUGGAGUAGGGUGACGUUGCCCCUAGAUGCUGAUCUUGGGUCAGUCUUUAACUUCUCCCACUAAUGGUUAAUGUUAGGAUUGGGGAGGGGAAGCUGAUUCCAGAUCAGUACCGAGGGGAAACUUCCCGCGGGAGCAUCAAUUGGGCAAUUGUACAAGGAAUUGAAAAAUAAGCUUAUUUUGACUCUGAAGAUGUUUUGGUGUUUCUGUCUCUCAUCAUCAUGGUCCAAUCAUGUCAACGGUUACAGUUCCAUUCAGUUUGAACCUUCAAAAGGAGCUUCUUCUCUGUACAGCGUCUCCAUGUCGGUCCCUCAAGUUUCAUUUCAUAACGAUUUGAUGCUCGAUGAAUGUUUUCUUUGCCAAAUAGGUACGAUGUUAUAUGCUGAAAAACAGCACAAUGUUUUGUAAAGUGCACAAUGCAGUCUGGUACCCCACCCCCCUCCCCCCUUCCCCGUUAGACGGUACUCUUCCACCUCGGCCACCCCCAUCCCCCCCAAAAAUGGUCCCUCAGCUAUUAAAAUGGCAGCGCCCGCCCUUGUACUAUGCAGCUCUUAUUAAUUAAUGUACUUUGACCAUUUCUGGCUUCAUUCCGUUUAUUUGACUGGAUGAUCUAAACUAACAAUACAUCCUUUAUUUGAGAUGAUUCAGGAGAGAUGACAACACUGUUGAUCAGAAAAUAGGAUCGGUCUUACUCUGGGAGGCUACUUUUAUAGAACUCAACAUUAUCGCCCCACAUACUUUCUGUAUAUUUAUUUAAUUGAAUAUAUUAAAUGGAUCAUCUAAGGCUUGCUUCUAAAGGGGUUUGUGAAUAGAAAUGACUGCAAUAAAAUGGAAUG